GCUGAAAAAAUGUCAUGUGUCAUGUCAGUUGCGGUUUGUUAAUGUCAAAAAUGAUUUGUUUUCAGCCGCUAACAUUUUAAGGAAAAAUAUAAUAAGUAUAUUUUAAAUUAAAACAUAUGUAUUAAAAUGUCAUACAGCGUCGAUAUAUCUGUUGAGGCACCAAUCGAAAAUCAAAUCCAAGAAAUAACCUAUGAUGGCACAGAGAUUUAUCAACCCCCUCUGACCCUUUCUGAAAGUCUUGCAAAGUAUGCACAGAAAAUAGACUUCAGCAAGACCUCUGAUGUAGAUGUUAAAAAAGAAGAGUCCAAUGAAGACGCAAAAUCAGAUUCAGACAGUAAGGAUGCAUUCCAAUCAUCCCUAUGGCCUUGGGACCAAGUAAGAAACAAAUUAAGAAGUACACUGCAAGAAGUAUGUGUAUUAGCAGACGUUUUAGUUAUUGCAAAAGAAAAACGGUACUUAGUUUUGGACCCUGUUCAGCAGGAACCUUUGGAAACAAAACCGAUGGUGCAGAUAUAUGCAAGGAAGAAAGCUUUAGCUGGUGCAGCAAAUGUAUUAUUAGCUGGUGCAGAGAAAUUGAAAACUUCACAGAAUGAAGCAGCGAGGAACCGCACAAGUUUAGAUUUUCAUAUAGAACUUUUACGAUUGCGCCAGAACUGGAGGCUGAAGAAAGUUUCGAAUACUAUUAUAGGUGAUUUAAGUUACAGAACGGCUGGUUCGAAAUACCUUCAAACCGGCACAUUUGAGGUGACAAAAGCCGAAGACGAAGAAAGAUUCAGCAGUCCUCCAAGCAGCCCUUUGCCUGGAGGACCUGCACCCGUCAAACCAAAUAGUGCUUUGAGGGUGUUGAUUCCGUCAGAACUUCAAGGCGUUGCUUAUAUAGAAGUGCUAUGUCAAAAAGACCAAGAAGAUUUGUGUAGUGCCAACAUAAACCUGUUGGGCUCCGGCCCGCCAGCAACGAACCCAGACAUGCACUGGCAACAGAAGCUGGAGGCCGCCCAGAACGUACUCUUCUGCAAAGAACUAUUCAACCAGCUGGCAAAAGAAGCCGUCCAACUCCAGGCGCCCAUUCCGCACAUGGUCGUCGGGAACCAGAUCAUGGCCACCGUAUUGCCGGGUAUCCAGCUGAUCAUAGGGCUUUGCCACUCCACAACUAAUGAUAAGAAGCAGCAGAACCCAGCGCCGUCGAAGAGCGAUCACGAUCAUGUCCUGGAACACUCCUUGCAUCAACUCCUGAGGGAGGUGCAUCAUAAGAAUACUCAUAUUCCUUUCCCGCACCCCGCGACGGGGCCGUUGGGUCCCUCGAAGAAAAGAAUGAUUGCUGGCCCCAUGGCUGCAGAUAGGUAUGAGCUGCUCGAGAUGACCAAAACCGAGACCCUCCUAGAACAGAUCGUGAAACAAGCCCAGCAUUUCAUCAUGCGGAUGAGGACUGAAUACGUUCUCGACACCAUAGCGAAAGAGAUCAAGGAUCCCUUGAUCAGUUCCCACUGGAAUACCCUGAACAGCCCCACCCAGUCCUGCGUGAAAAUCAACAUAUCGACGCACGGCUACGAUGCAGUAUGUCGCACCCCAUUGGUUAUCCACGUCGGAGAGAAGAGUCUUAAAUGUAUCUGCAGGGACGGGAAGGUGAUGAACAUGAGCUACGAACCCCAGGAGUUGAGAGACCUCAUUAUUUGCCACAUAAACCAGCAUCAGAUCCUGGCCGUCCAGGCGUUGGCUAAGACGAUGGGUUGGCAGGCCUUGGGGAAUUCGAAUCACUUGGGUACAGGAUGCGUAGAACCUCUCGGCAAUGCGAGCUCCUGCCUGUUGUCUUCCCCCACGGGAGACAGGAUCAUAGCGGUCCGAUGUGAACCCCAGGCUGGCACUCAAGUUUCCGUGGCACAUUCGCCCAGAUCCGACUUUUUUCCCAGUCGAUUAGUGACGGAAAGAAAGUGGGAGCACCUCGGAGGUCAAUUCAGAGAUGUACGAUUGGACAAAAUGGAGGGAAGGAACUUCCUCCACAAAAUGGAGCUCCUCAUGGCUAGUCUGACUAGUAAUUCUUAGAUUUAUGUUAAGUGUUGUAAUAAUUUAUAUUUUUUCUUUAUUAAACGGCAAUUAAAUUAAAAUUGAAAGUUGA